AUGGGUUUCAUAUCGUACGACAAGGCUCUCAAGAACAUAAAUGAGGCUUUGCAGCACCACUGGGGCAAUAACAUGGCCGGGAGGAUACGAUGCACCACCUCUUGCGGCGAGGUCAACAUAGGCUCCCCGUUUCGGCUGAGGGGAGACUCGACGAUCUGCGGCGACCUUAACUUUGAGCUAGCCUGCAUCGAUAACCGCACCGUUCUCGAUCCGUACUCGGGCAAUUACUCCGUACGGUACAUCAACUAUACCAACUACACGAUCGGGGUUGCUGAUAUGGGGCUGCAAAAGGGUAAUUGCUCGUCUCUUCCUCACCGCUCUUCGCCGUGCCGCAACUUCUUCAUAUCAGAUUCGUAUACUUGUUGGGAUGCCAGGUACUCUGUUCCAGAUUUAUCCAAGACCGUUUCGAUCGUGGGCUGCAGGAAGGUUGUCGAUUCUCACCUUUACAUUGACACUUCCUCGUGCCUCGAUGGGGCCAAAUUUUCGAAUUCUUUUGGUACAAGAAGGCGAUUGUAUGCCAUGGUGGAUGCGAAUGUCUCGAAUGUGGAAACCGGAUGCACUAUAGAGCAUAUGGCAAUGAUACCAUGGUGGGUUGAUGGCAAUCAUCUUCGUUCCUAUGCGCAAAUUCAUGAACAGAUGGUUUAUGGGUUUGAGCUUUCAUGGCUUCAAAAAGCCUGUAAGUUGUACUUCAAAGGUUGUGCUUGGUGCGGCAUCGACGCUGAGCACCAGAUUUAUUGCGGGGCCAACACAGAUGUCCUCGAUUACCUCUCCGAUAUUCGCAGGACUAUUAAAUUGAUCUCGCUCCAUGGCAUCGGUAACAUUAAAUCUUCUCGUUGUGGAAUUAAUUUUGUGUUUCUAAAUGCAAACAUUUAG